UUCCUGUUUCCGGUCAUUCGCUUUCGCUCCAUGGGCCAUGGCAAAGCACGAAUCAAUUUUCACCUCUCGAUCACCUCUGUUUUCUUUAUUCGCUGUGGCCACCACAAAACCUGCCUUAUAUUUUAGGAGCGAGCGAGCGAACAACGAAAAGAGUAGGCAGCCAAAACUCAUGCACCCUCCUCCCUCCAUAGCUAGCAACCGGCUGCAGGGGAAAACAAUCGAAAGAACAUUUAAAGAAAAAGAGAUUGUUGUUGAAGCAAUUGGCAAUGGUGGGGCAGUCAAGAAAGUGGAUGAUAGUGGUGGCGACGACAUGGAUACAGGCAUUUACGGGGACGAACUUCGACUUCUCGUCCUACUCGUCGGAUCUGAAGUCGGUGCUUGGGAUAUCGCAGGUCCAGCUAAACUACCUCUCGGUGGCCUCCGAUAUGGGGAAGGUAUUCGGGUGGUGUUCCGGGGUGUGUCUUAUGUACUUCCCCGUGUGGGUUGUCAUGUUCAUGGCUGCUUUCUUGGGGCUCUUUGGUUAUGGCCUCCAGUGGCUUGUCAUUGAGAGAGUCGUCUCUUUGCCUUAUUUCCUGGUCUUUCUUCUAUGCUUGUUGGCCGGGGUUAGUAUCUGCUGGUUCAACACGGUAUGCUACGUUUUGUGCAUCCGAAAUUUCACAGUCAACAGGGCACUCGCAUUGUCCCUCACCAUCAGCUUCAAUGGCGUAAGCGCAGCCUUGUACACCCUCAUUGCGAACGCAAUAAACCCCAGUGUCACCACCCUCUACCUCUUCCUCAAUGCACUGGUUCCUCUCUUCACAUCCGGCGUGGCACUCAUCCCGAUCCUCCGCCAACCGCCCGACCUCCAGCCGCUCCCGGCCUGCGACUCCUCCACCCGCCGCGAUCCCCUCAUUUUCCUUUGCCUCUAUAUCCUAGCCAUCGUCACAGGCCUGUAUCUCCUCGUCCUAAAUUCACUGUCUUCUGACGCAUCAAGAGCUCGUCUUCUUUUUGCGGGGGCUACUGCACUUUUGGUCCUCCCCUUGUGUCUGCCUGGCAUUGUUUAUGCUCGUGAGUGGGCAUACCGCACUAUCUACGCAAGCUUUCGUCUUGAUAGCUCAAGCUUCAAUCUAAUCGACCCUGAUGAUCUUGAGCUUCGUAAAGAACUGAUGAUUGGUAACGAUCAGAGCAACGGCAUGAACAUGACUUCGUAUAGCGUGAUAGACAAGGAAGGGUGUUUUGGUAAGGUGAUGGAGAAAGAUCGGUUGACUGUGCUCGGAGAAGAGCACCCAGCUAGGCAGCUGGUGCGGCGGUGGGAUUUCUGGCUAUAUUUUUUCGCUUAUUUCUGCGGGGGAACAAUAGGGUUGGUGUACAGCAACAAUCUGGGGCAGAUUUCACAAUCACUUGGAUACAGUUCAAUGACUACCUCUCUCGUUACGCUCUAUUCCUCUUGCUCCUUCUUUGGUCGUUUGCUCUCUGCUGCCCCAGAUUUCCUUCGCGACAAGGUGUAUUUCGCGAGGACAGGGUGGCUUGCAGUUGCGUUAGUGCCCACGCCGAUAGCCUUCUUUUUACUUGUGGCGUCAGGAAGUGAGGCAGUGCUGCGUGCAAGCACAGGGUUGAUAGGGAUGAGCUCUGGGUUUGUGUUUUCAGCAGCCGUGUCAGUCACGUCAGAACUAUUCGGUCCAAACAGCGCCGGGCUCAACCACAACAUCCUCAUCACCAACAUCCCCAUCGGCUCGCUCCUCUAUGGCCUUCUUGCAGCUCUUGUUUAUGAUGCCAACGUGGGGAGCUCAGUCCAGUCGAGCUUGUUGGGGGACUCAACGGUGUGCAUGGGAAGGAAAUGCUAUUUGCAGACAUUUUUAUGGUGGGGGUGCAUUUCCUUGCUUGGUCUAGUUUCAAGUUUCUUGCUUUUCCUGAGGACCAGACAAGCUUACAGCCACUUCGAAAGAAACAGGAAUAGAACAUACUGCUUUUAGUGCUGAAACUCGUUCGUUUUUUGUUAAUUUUUGUUUUGUAAUUGUGGGCGAUGAGUUUUGCACUAAGCUUUGAGAUGAAAUAGAGUUUGAGUCAAAUUUAAUGAAAUGACACAAAUAGUUAAUAGAAAUAGAAUCAAAUAGAAACUGUAUCUAGAGACCUUAUUAAUUUUCGUGUGAUUGUACAGAAUAAAGAAGCCGGGAAACAUCGCAGUC